AUGUUGUUAAUUUUGCUUUUUCACGCUGUUUUUGCCCAAAACGGAGAUGGGCCAAUUUCAGAUAUAAUAAAUGGAAAUGGAACGGUUAGGUACGAUACAACAACAGUCGGAAACUCUAGCAAUUAUCAAGACGAAAGUAGAAGGCAAAAAUUGAAAGAGGAUGAGGUGCAAGUCCGGGCUAUUUUCGGCAUAAUAGUUGGCAACGAUGAUUUAAUCAAUGCAUGUUACGAAGCUGCCAGAGCGUAUCAAAUCGUCGAUGGCGAUUUUCAAACAACCGUUUCCACAAAUUUGACCAAUAUUUUCACGAAUGGGCAAGUAGCAAUAAGCGGGAACACGCCUUUGGCUGGUUAUUUUAAUCAAACUUUUACAUCGGCGCUGGAACCCAUCAACCCAGAAAUAUUAGAGUUUGGAGGAGAAGGAUUUGAUGAUGAUUUUCUCGAUCGCACCGAUUAUGUGUUUUCCGAUGAUUUCAUUUACUGCAACAUUUUAAACCGCCAAGUUGAGCAGUACGAAAACUCGGAGCUUCUUACAGUUACUUUCGCCUUUCGCUCAAAAAUAGAAAUUGACGAAGAAGAGUUUUCUGCUACUCUUGAAUUCGCCCUCACAAAACGAAACCUGCAACUGCUCAAGAUCAUCCCUUACACUCCCGAAACAAUGGUAUAUUUCAUCGUCCAAAUCUGUACUGUCGCCAUUGUCGGAGCUGGAGGAUUGGGUCUUUUGAUUGGAAACAUCAUUGCUGGUGGCUGUUCAACCGUUUUCCACUCACUCAUGAUGGGAGUAUUGCAAGUAGUAGACAUUUACCCUGAUGUCUACACAUGGUACGAGUACAACACUGAUGAUAAAAUUGCCGUGUCCGUUAAUUCCUACGUGUCAGUCUUCUUGAUCGGGAGCCAAGUAACAAAUGCUUUCUGGGUCUCUAUUUUUGCCUUUAUCAUUCUUCAAGCAAUCAAAAUCAUUGAAGCGCUUGCAUCUUUGUGUAUGCCUAAAUGUGGCUGCAAACAGUGUCUCCAAUUUCACAAAGAGCAGAAAAAGCUGGAUAAAGCGACAGGAACUUGCUCGAAAAGGAUGGGAUUCGUUUUGCUCUUCAUCAAGCUUUCUGCUGCGAUUUGUUUUGCAGUAGAAACAGUUCAGGCGUACGUGAUUGACAACUGCGUUGAGAUCAAUGUAAAAACAACGAUUGAAGAUGACAAAAGUGCCUUUUGUAAAAGUUUACCAGUACCGGUUGAUCAUAACUGGUAUCGGCGACGAGUACAAGAGACCGGGUUUUGCAUUGAAAAUGAACUGAUCGAUGGUGCUCAAGAUUUCAAAACAGUCGUCUAUCCUUUCCGAUCUGGCUGCACGAAUAUGAUUGAACGAAGCUUUAUUGGUAUUCUUAGAAAAAUGUAUCGUCAAAUCCCAGGUGGUCCUCAGGGGUUCGGCGAUUUCGGCGGUGAAUCGGAGAAGGCAGCGCGCUCGGUUUUUGUCGGAAACAUUCCUUACGAAGCGACGGAAGAGCAGAUUAGAGACAUUUUCAGCGAAGUCGGAGUGGUACUUAGUUUCCGGCUGGUUUAUGAUAGGGAAACGGGAAAACCCAAAGGAUAUGGCUUCUGCGAAUACAAGGACACGGAUACAGCCAUGUCCGCGAUGCGAAAUCUAAACAGUCGAGAACUUCAUGGGCGAAAUUUGCGCGUCGAUCACGCUACCCGCGACCACGGAAUGGAAAAAGAACAGCCUCAAGCUUCAAUUUCUCGCUCUGGCACUGUUGGCCUUGGUGGCCCAGUCGCUCCGCCAGUGGAGUCAAUUUACGGACCAUCUUGUAAUCCUGCUGAUGCACCGGAGCUGAUAUCGCAAGCGAUUAAUUCGCUACCACCAGAGCAGAUUUACAAACUCGUCAAAGAAAUGAAAGAUGUCAUCAUGAAAAACCCAGUAGAAGCGAGAAACAUGCUUCUCCAAAACCCUCAACUUGCGUAUGGACUACUUCAGGCACAAGUAGCCAUGAGGAUUGUUACAUCAGAUCAUGCAGUUACCAUGCUUCAUCCAAAGACAAACACGGUCAAAGCUGUUGAACCAGCAGUGAUAAACAAGCCAGCUCCUCAAGCAUCCGCUCCUCCUCCUCAGCCACAAAUGAUGAGGCAACAAGCUGCUCCGCAAAUGCCACCAAUGCGCAGCGAUUACGACCGAUCCUACCAAAGAAAUGGUAAAAUUCACAAUUCACAAGCGGAAAAUACACUCGAAUUUCAGCUCCUCCUCAAAAUCAACCGCCAGCAGCGCAAAUGCGGCAUGAUCCUCGACAACAACAAGCUCGCCAACAACAACACAUUAAGACCGAGCCGCGCUCUGGAAAUGACGAUGACGAAAAAGCAAAGUUCCUCGACUUUAGCUGGAAGGAAAUCUGAAGAAAAAGGAUCGAAGAAGAAUCAGAAUUCAUCUGCAGAAGAAGCUCAUUGUUCAAAAUCAUAUUCAAAUGCGAAUGCCGAAUGUAAGCCUGUCAAACUCAGUUUUGCAAUAAAGAAGCCACCUGAAAGAAAGAAAAUUACUAUCGAGCCGGUUAGCAAAAAGAAAAGGCCUCAGAAAAGGGAAGAAAACGAAAGGGAGAGUAAGACUGUCGACAUUCCAAAAGACUUCAAGAAACUUGCCAAAACAUUCGGGUUGCCAGAAGAGCAUCUAGACUUUUUCUACGAAAACAGAACAUCUUUCAACUGGGAAUUUAAAGAUUGGACGAAUAUUCAAUGUACCGAAACUACCUGUAAAUUGACAACUAAACUUGGUCCGAAGUGCCUUUUUGAUCACAUGAUUACUGUUCACAGCUACCGGGAGAUUCCAUGUGACCACGUUGACUGCUCUUUUAUCGCAUACUCGUCGCUCUUCAAUUCUCUAAUAAUGAGCAAUGCACAUCCUUCUCAAAAGUCGAUCGAAAAAUUCUUCAUCCCUCAAUAUGGCCUUUCAAUUUUCAGCAAAACCGCGAACGGGUACACAUCUUACACUUACAACUUCUUCCUAUCCCCCGUCGGUCCUCAUCACGAGGACAGAUCUUCAAGAAGAUACGAAAUUCUCGACAAUACGAAGCUUGAUCGAGAACGAUUGAUGGCCGAGCAUCCUGCUGAAACAAUCGCGCUGCUGGACGAAUACAAAAAGCAAAUCGAACAGUUCCUUGCUCAAGAAGAGAAGAAUUCCUUCAAUCUUCCGCCUUGCAACUCUUUCAUUCGAAGAUUAGUUCACAUGGUCGUCAAGCCAGAAUUUGCGGGCAAGGCACAGUUCAUUUCUGGUCGAAAUGAGAAUAACGAACCAGUUGUAACGAUUUUGAAAACGAUGAAGACGGAAGAAGAGGUCAAGCUUGCCGAAGUUGACGCUGAGGAAGAGGCGAUGAAGGAAAAACUCGGAUUUCUUCACAUUCUUCGCGUCAUUUCAGUUUCAAAGACGCCGCUGGUCUUCCACGCUGGCGAGCUGGAUCUUUAUCUGACAAUGAAGCACUUUUUCCUCGACGAUUUACCGGAAACCCUAGAAGAGUUCAAAUCAAUUACCACUGCCACUUUUCCACAGAUCUUUGAUACACUUUUGAUGUCGAGAAACGAACCGCUAAAGUCGAACUUUCCAGAGGGCAACUCGCUCGGCGAGAUUUUCAAGAAGGUCCAAGAUCAGCCUUUCGCCUUGAAUGCCGCACAAAUCCACAUUGCUGACGGAUACCGCGACUACAAAGCCUUCGGUGGUCAAGUUCACGAAGCUGGCUACGAUGCCUGGAUGACUGGAGUCGCCUUUAUCCACAUGAUGGGCUAUCUGAACCUUGUUUCCAAAACAAAGCCCGGUUCAAAACUGACGGAGUCGGCGAUUUCAAAAAUCUUCAAGAACCGAUACUCAAUUAGCGGAAUGUACGACAUUCAUCAUAUUUCGUUGGAUAGAGCCGAUGCUGUUCCAAAAAGAAAUCAUUGUUUUCACCUCUCUUUUCCAACAAGCUGGAGACAACACGAUAUUUACGAGCUUUUCCGAGUUUGUGGACGCAUACGAGUAAUGUGGAUUGACGAUGGAAGCGCUUUUGUGGCGAUUGAGGAUCAUUCUGCUGUUAAUCUUGUCAAUUCGAUCAAGAAAGACCCUGAUUACUGUAUCUUACCGUAUCAGGAAUGGAAAGCGACGCAAGAAAACGGUGCUCCCCCAACACCAAAGAAGAGAAAAGUAUCAGAGCCGGAGAAGAACGGAACUAGCCCAAAGACCACUGCCAUGAACGACCUGUCACUUCAGGCGAAACCGACAGCUAGGAAAGAAAAAGAAGCUGUUUUUGAGAAUGAAUCUGUUUGGGAAUAG